GUUACGAAGUAACUUUUAAGACGUGCGGUACUGCUAGGCAUGCAGAGUGUCUUGUUCUUACUAAAGUGAUAUCUUAAGUGUUGGCAUUUGACUUUACGCCUAGUUAAGUUCUCAUUAUAUAGACGAAACAAUAAGCGUGAACCAAAACCUCGUACGAUUAUUGACAUUUUCAUCUAGGAAAAUUUCGUCUUUAGUCAAUUUGCAAAUGUCGGAUUCAGACUCAUCAUGCGAUGUUCAAGAAAUCUUAGCCUGCCCUGGGUUGUAUGAAGAAAUUACACAUGAAAAGAAACAUGUGUAUAAUAAGCCAGCUCUAAUGAAUACUCUCAACAGUAUUCGAAAAAAUCUCCCAUGGAUCGAGCGAUUAGAUGUCACAUGUAUGGCAGCUCCAGCUCAAAAAGAUUUAGAUUUGGAUGACUUGCAACAUAUCGAUCCAGAUGAUGAUUUUAAACGUGAAAACUUUUUUUACCGUGUAGCUCAGGCAGCGGUGCUUAUAGCUAUACCUCAAUUACAUGCUUUAGAUGUACCGACUAAACGACCAUCUGAUUACUUUGCAGAAAUGGUCAAAACAGAUGAUCAUAUGACAAAGGUUAAAAAAUAUCUAAUUGAAAUUAAACAAAAGUUAGCAUUACGUGAACGUGCUAGACAAAUAAGAGAACGACGUAAAUUUGGUAAACAAGUUCAACAGGCUGUUAAUCAAACACGUAAAGAAGUAAAACGUAAACUGACGGAAGCUGUAAAGAAUACGUGGAAAAAAACUGGAAUUAAUCGUGAAGAAAAACUAGAACAUAUAUUAAAUGAAUUUAAAAAAGAUUAUGAACCGAAAAAUGAUAAGUCCAACAUGAAAACAUCAUCAUCAAAGAGUUUUCAUACAGCAAAAGAUUAUGCAAAUCGACGAAAGAUUAAUCAAAAACGUGUUUAUAAAAAUAAUAAAUAUGGCCAUGGUGGACAAAAAAAGCGUCAGAAACGUAAUACAUCUGAAUCAGUAAAUAUUGGAACACGAUGUGAUUUCAGUCAAUUAAAACAUCAAGCUACACCAAAGAAAGCUAAAGAAAUUCGUUUAAAUUAUCGUAAAUUAAAACAAAAACGUAAGAAAAUGACAAAAAAACGUAUUUCAAACAUAUGAACUUGUAUAUUUCACAUUUAUAAGAAUUUUAUAUAAAUGAAAUGUGUAUUC